AUGCAAGGCAAUGAGAAUGCAGGCGUACAGUUUACCAGACGACCAACAGAACUGGGGAAGACAGGCUUCUUUCAACGCAGAGGGUCCAGGUCUGGGCCUGAGGGUGGGUCUGCCCUUGUGGCCAGCUCCCACAGGGAGGCCCCAGCUUGCUGCAGCUGCUCUGAGCAGCGCGGGGUUCUGGCAUCCUGCAGAGUCUGGCUUCUGUCCCACUCCACCAAGCCUGGAGUCCUGUCACUGGUGAGUCACACUUUGCACUUACCUGCCAGCGCCUGCUGCUACAGAGAUAAUGGGGGCCAGGAAACGGCCAGAGCCCAUUCCCUCAGCUGGCCCCGGGGGCACGUUAGCUUUUACCCCUGUGCCUCAAAGACCCAGAAAUGUUGGACCCAGCACAAGGAAUCUGGCCGCUCUGGAGACGAAGGCUUUCGCCGAAGGCCACGCCCCGAGGACCCGCAGCCUUCACAGAUUUUGUUUCCUUUUUUAAUGUGUGUGAAUGUUUUCUCUGCCGAUAUAUCCGUGCCUGGACACUUGAGCACUUGGUGUCUGGAAGUCAGAAAAAGAUAUCAGACCCUCUGGAACUGGAGUCACCACGUGGGCACUAGGAAUGGAACCUGGGUCUUCAGCCAGAGCAACCAGUCCUCUUAACUGCUGAACUCUCUAGCCCUGUUAUUCUCUAUCACGUGCUUACAGAAACGUUUUCAAUUCAGUCUUACCAUAUGGCGUUUCCUUUAAUUUCUUGGAUUCUUAGCCUAAUGAGACUCUUCCUUGAAGGAGCAACAACAACAAUGAAGAUAAAGGGCCUUUCCUUUUGUGUUUUCCCCUUCAUUAAGGAAAACAAUUAUUCAUUCGUUUUAAAUCUUAGUCUUGCUUGUUUCAGUAACUAUAUCUGUGAAAGCACUCAGCACAAAAAAAAAAAGAAGGCCCAAGAGUCCCUUCAAUUGUUAACAAAAAAAUUCCAUUAAUGUAGCAUUUUAUGGCUUUCUUUUUCAAGACAAGGUUUCUCUGUGUAUCGCUGGCUAUCCUGAGACUCUCUCUAUAGAUCAGGCUGGCCUUGACCACCCAGCAAAAAUAUUUUUCCACGUGUAAGUUUCUCUAAUAAAUUUUGGAAUAACACUCAACUCACAGAAAUUUGAUUGAGGCAAAAUUAUCUUAUAAAUUAUUCUCUUGCCAAUAAGUAUUCAUUCUCCCAAACAAGGUACCUCAAUGUUUUGAAAUGAUUAAAAAAAAAAAUAGUUAAGGUCUGGUGAGACAGUUCAUGAGGUAAAAAGUGCUUGCUGCUAAGCCUAUCUAUCACCCGAGUUUGAUCCCUGGAAGCUGUGAGUGGGUUGGAAGAAAAGAAC